AUGUCAAAUAAAAACCAAAAAUCUUUAACACAUUUCUUCAAAAUAAUACCAACAAAUGACAAUUUGAAAUCUUCAGAUAAUAUGGCGAAUUCGUCACACGUUAAUGAGAAAGAGAAACUAUCAACAAAUAAAAGAUCUACUUCUCAGCUAUCAUAUGUUUCUACUAAUCCUAAAAAAAUUCAUUUGGAUUCUCCUGCACUGAUCUCUACGUCUCCAUUUGAUAUAAGUUUCUACAAAAAUAAAAAACUUGAUCAAAACGAUAUAAUAAAUGUUUUAAAUAACCUCUGGAAACCUGACGUUCAAUUUAAUUUUCCUUCAAAAACUUAUAUUUGUGGAAAGAAAAAGAAGGAAAAAAAUCUUAAAUUUCAAUAUUCUUGGUUGAUGUGA